UUCGGUUGCGUUCUCGGUUUACCUAGUUCCUGGUCUGACUCUAGGCCCUAACUCGGCGAGAGGGGACUGGGGGGAGUUGCUGCUGGCGAGUAACUGCUCACGGGGAGGGGGGGAAGGGAGCGGGACUGGCGCGGGGAGAUGCUACCGGGAGUGUAGCUACUGCAGUACCGUCACCACCAUGAUCAUAGAGAACGUGGACGCGCUCAAAUCCUGGCUGGCCAAGUUAUUGGAGCCAAUAUGUGAUGCUGAUCCAUCAGCCUUGGCUAACUAUGUUGUGGCAUUGGUCAAAAAAGAUAAACCAGAGAAAGAGCUGAAGGCUUUCUGUGCUGAUCAGCUAGAUGUCUUUCUGCAAAAAGAAACAUCAGGUUUUGUUGAUAAACUCUUUGAGAGCCUGUACACCAAGGAUUACUUAGCUCCCAAUGAACCAGCAAAGCCAGAGUCAAAGCCUACAGGUCAGAGCAAAGAAGAAAUCAAAGAAGAGACAUUUCAGGAAUCUUUUGAAGAACGAGAGGGCAAAAAGAAGAAAUAUACUAGCCCGCAGAAAAAUCGUUCAGAUUCUAAUGAACAAAGAACUAGAGAGAGAAAAAGAGAUGAUGGCAAAUGGAGAGACUAUGAUAGAUAUUACGACCGGAAUGAUAUAUAUAGAGACAAAUAUGACUGGCGAAGGGGAAGAAGUAAGAGUCGCAGUAAAAGUAGAGGACUAAGCCGGAGUCGUAGCCGCAGCAGGGGUAGAAGCAAAGACCAGGAUGCAAACAAAGAAUGGGAUGCAAACAGAAAUGUUGAUCACAGAGAGCGAGCCAAAUUCAAAUGUGAAAGGAGUGACAUGGAGAGCUCAUAUAACCCAGUGUCUUUGUCUUCCGUUAACUCUACUGAACAGUAUUCCUCGGGAGCACAAUGUAUUCCCAGUGCCGUUACUGUGAUUGCACCUGCUCACCAUCCUGAAAACACAACAGAAAGCUGGUCAAAUUACUACAACAAUCAUUCUGCUCCUAAUUCUUUUGGCAGAAAUGCUCCACCAAAAAGGCGCUGUCGAGAUUAUGACGAGCGAGGAUUUUGUGUACUUGGUGAUCUCUGUCAAUUUGAUCAUGGAAAUGACCCACUGGUCGUAGAUGAAGUAUCUUUGCCAAGCAUGAUUCCUUUUCCUCCACCACCUCCAGGACUUCCUCCUCCUGGAAUGCUAAUGCCUCCCACGCAAGGCCCAGCUCACAGCAUGAGAAUGCCAGGCCCACACGUACAUCCUCGGCCACCACCACCUGUUAGAAUUCCUAUACCAAGGCCGUCUCUAUCACAGUCAGGUUUGAUCAACAACCGUGACCAGCCAAGGACAACUACAGUGCCCAGCCUUGCACCAGUGGGAGCAAGACUUCCUCCUCCGCUACCCCAAAAUCUACUAUAUACAGUAUCAGAACAUACCUAUGAACCAGAUGGCUACAAUCCAGAGGCUCCUAGUAUUACCAGUACUGGUAGAUCUCAGUAUCGACAGUUCUUUUCAAGGACACCAAUGCAGCGUCCAAACCUUAUUGGCCUAACAUCUGGUGAGAUGGAUACAAAUCCAAGAGGAGCUAACAUUAUCAUCCAGACCGAACCUCCAAUUGGCAUUGCAAGUAACAGCAGUAAUGUAUCUAGAGUGGUGCUUGAGCCAGACAACAGGAAGCGAGUUUCAAACACUUUAGAAGGGCCGUCUCCAAAGAAACCCUGGAUUGUGAAACCAGCUAAUAACCAGAAUAAGCCAGGAUUCCUGAAGAAGAAUCAGUAUACAAACACCAAAUUGGAAGUUCGUAAAAUCCCACCAGAACUAAACAAUAUUACUCAACUCAAUGAACAUUUCAGCAAAUUUGGAACAAUUGUCAACAUUCAGGUUGCCUUCAAGAAUGAUCCUGAAGCUGCUCUAAUUCAGUACUUAACAAAUGAUGAAGCCAGAAAAGCAAUUUCUAGCACAGAGGCAGUGUUGAACAAUCGGUUUAUACGAGUUCUGUGGCACCGGGAAAACAAUGAGCAGCAGCCAUCCCAGCAGCAGCAGACUUCACCAGCUCUUCAUCACCAACUUCACCUGCAGCAACAAAUGCUGACACAGCCUCCAGCUGUAACAGUGCACAGCAGUAUGCCAAAGGUGACUAAACCACUCCCAUCAGGUGCCUAUGUCAUCAACAAGGCUCCAGUUAAACAUCGUCUUGGAGCAACUGGUGGAAAUCAGCCAGACUCUCAACAAUUAUUACUUAACCAGUCCAGUGCUUCUGCAGAGGAUGCUCAGAUGUUUCCCACUUCAAUUAGCCAUACAAAGAUGGUUUACAGUUCCUCCAGUUUGAAGACAUCCAUAAAACCUGGUACAGGAAAUAAAUCUCAUGAUGUUCAAGAAGUUUUUAAAAAGAAACAGGAAGCAAUGAAGUUGCAACAAGACAUGAGAAAGAAAAAGCAAGAAAUGCUGGAGAAACAAAUAGAGUGUCAAAAGAUGUUAAUAUCAAAACUGGAAAAGAAUAAAGCUAUGAAACCAGAGGAAAGAGCAGAUAUCAUGAAGACCCUGAAAGAGCUAACAGGAAAAAUCUCACAGUUGAAGGAUGAAUUAAAAACUUCAUCUGCCGCUUCUACAGCAUCAAAGCAGAAGUCAAAAACAGAGGCACAAAAGGAACUUUUAGACGCAGAGCUGGACUUUCAUAAAAGACUGUCUUCAGGGGAAGAUACAACCGAAUUAAAGAAAAAGCUCACCCAGUUACAGGUUGAGGCUGCCCGCUUAGGUAUCUUGCCUGCAGGUCGUGGAAAAGUCAUGUCUGCCCAAAGCAGAGGAAGAGGUCGAGGUCGUGGAGGGAGAGGGAGAGGUUCAGUGAAUCAUAUGGUGGUAGACCACCGUCCCAAAGCACUAACCAUUGGUGGCUUUGUAGAAGAGGAAAAAGAUGAGUUGCUGCAGCACUUUUCAAAAUUUGGAGAUAUUGAAGGACUUCAAGAGCAGGAUUCUCCUUUAAGUGUUGUCCUGACAUUUAAAUCCCGUUCUGAAGCUGAAAAUGCUGCGAACCAAGGAUUAAAGUUCAAAGACCGUCGACUUCAGAUAUCAUGGCAUAAACCUAAGGUACCCUCUGUGUCCACAGAAACUGAGGAGGAGGAACCCAAGGAGGAGGAGACCGAAGCUUCAGACUUAUUUUUGCCUGAAGACGAUGAUGAUGAAGAUGAAGAUGAAGAUGAAUCUCGUUCCUGGAGAAGAUGAAACUUGAAAUGGAAUCAUAUAGUUUUUGAAUUGUUGAACUAAAACUUUUAAAAAAUAUUUAAAGGAAGUCAAUGAGCCAAAAAUUCAUUUUGUUUUUUGUUUUUCUUUUCAUAUACACAAGACAGCAAGUGUGAGUUUGAUAUAUAAACUUAGCAAAAAAAGUAGCCAUGAUCAGACAAAGGCCAAGAGCUGCAAAGAUGGUUGUAGUCCUCUAAAGAUGAAAUGUAUCAGUCUUUCAAACCCAACUCGUGUCUAUUUUGUUUUUAAAAUAUGGAUAGUUUUUUAAGCUAUCAAUUACUUUUCGGGCUUUAUUUACUAAUGCGGAGUCUGAGAUGAGAGCUGUCCAUGAAAUUCUUUAGUACAUCAACAUUGCCUGGAAUUUGCUCAUUCAAAGGUCCCUUAGGUGGCAAAUAAGUUUCACUUCUGUCAAGAAUUACCUGGCGAUUCUGCUAGGUAGCAGAUCUUAGAUAGCUGAAUAUAGGAAAACUGACCUCAUUCACAAUCAUAUUAGCUAAGAACUUCUACCUAGCAGAAUUGCAGGAUAAGACUACCCAGCUAACACAUUCAAACUAGUCAGCACUGAUGACAGCUACUUCUGUCUAAUAUUUUGAUUCUUCUCAAUCUAAUCUUCAGACAUAGCCCAGUCUUACUACUUUUUGGAUGCAGUUGACCAACCACUGCUCCUGUAUAUUUCACAUUUACUUCAGUCAAACGUGGGCUUCCUGUACAAAUCCUAUUAAAAUGAACAGAGCAGUUGUGCAUGGUGAAAAGCUGGUGUUGGUAAAUACGUUUAGUGCUUUUUAAAGUGCCCCACCAUUUAAACCAUUUAGCUGUCUGUGGCUGAAUAAGCUCUUUUUAACGUUUUAGGUCAAACCUCUGCAGUAUUGAAAGCAGCUUAUUCUCUCUUUAGCCCAUAAAGCCCCAAAUCUAACAUAAUCCAAUUUUAAAAUAUUAAAUACAAGACCAGCACUUGGAAUAAUAUUGUGCUUAAUUCCUAAGCAAAGCAACUUUUAUAAAACAAAAUGCUAAAGAGAGGAAAGUAAGACAAAAAUUAACUUAGAGGCUUUUUACCUGCAUGCUGUUUGGUCAUGCCUUCCCUCCCUACCCCUGCAUCAUUUUUAAAGCACCUAUAGUAACUGGUGUAGAUUUAUAUAUUUUGACUUGUGAGGACAACAGAACUUCAUACAUGACUCAUGUCAAUUGCUGCUGUUAAACCUAAGCGCAUUAUCCUCUACUGUAGACGUAAGACAGUAGUGCCAUUUUAUAUAAAGAAGUAUGUUAUGCCACAGCAUUUUGAAUGUUAAGAUCAAAGGAGGAGAGCAAACACUAUUGUAUCAACUCUUGUGGUACUAGAACACUAGUGUAAGCAAACAGGAGCAAACACAUCCUUUUUAGAAGUCCUAUAUUCAAAUGUAUUACUGCAACUGGUACUUGAUUCACUCUAAGUAUCAGAAGCACUAAAUUUUAUCUUGACUAGCUCCAUGAAGUCAAGCACUCUGUUUCUCCUUUUGGGUACUGUUGUGUGUGUUGUAUAUGUGAAAUCGAAGCUAGUAUCAAUUUAAAUUCCAGUCACACUCAGAGGAGUGUAAUCAACAUUUUUUUUGCCCUUUACGUGAAGGCCUUUGUUUUCUAGAUUAUUGCUACAUUCCGACUGAUGUUGAAUCUUGCUGAAUUAGGUUAGAAGAAAAAGCACGAAUAUUGCACACCUUAACAGGCAAUCCUUGCCCUUCUCCCAUUGCCUGUAAUAUCUUCGGAAUGCCUGUGACUCAGUAUGUGGCCAUUGCAUAUACUGGCCCAUUGCAGCAAAAUGCUUGAAUCUGAACAGUUUAAUCAAAUGAUAGAGGGAACAAAGGAUUUAUAUAUGUGUGUGUGUGUACAUAUAUAUAUAUAUAUAUAUAUAUAUAUAUUGUACAGGGUUUUCUUAAAAGUGUAUAAUUUUGUAAAUAUUUUGCUUUUUUUUUCUGUACUAAAACUACCAGCAUCUAGAUUUCCAUAAGAAUUCUUGUAUUUUUGUAUUUGGAAGAUUACAGUGAGUGAAUGAAGCUGUAAGAGAAAUUUCAACAGCCUUUGGCACAGUUAGACUGGAUGGGAUUCCUUUUCAUAUGGUUUUAAAAUAACAUUUUGUUAGCACAUUGUUCAGCAUGGAUGUCCUUGCUCAAAGUGUUGGCUUUUUUUGUGGGAAGGGGGGGCAAGGGGAAAAUAUUUAUUUAGUGAGUUUUUGCUUCUUUUUUUUGUAUUUGUUGGCUUACAUAAAUCCUCUAGUGACAUCUUAAAUGUGAUUUCUCAGCCCAGAAGCACAAAAAUGAGUUGUGCCCCUAAACUCAUGUAUUGAAAGCAUACUAUUACGUUACUGAGAAUGUAAGUGAUGGGCAGCAUAGUGGUAAUUCACUUAAUACAAAGGAGAAAGAAAAACUACUUCAAAGUGACCUUCAUUUGGACAUAGCUGUGGAGCUCCCUGUGUUGUGUUUUAGAAGUUAGGAUGCCAUUUCUGUUUCUAAGUAGGUUACUUCUGGUAAAUAAUAUUUUUAAUUGCUGUGAAUUGUCACUUCUGCAUUUAUAAGCUAUGAUGGAUAGCAUAAUAUAAUACCUGCUAAGAAGCCAUUCUAAAAUAAAUUGCUACUACACCAGGAGUAAACUUCACUGACCACUUUUUGUGUAAUCCCAUUGCAAUCCAGAAGAAUGCCACAAUGUAAAUGGUCUGUGAAUCACCCCCUAAAGCUUUACAGAUAUUGAUGUUAUUACUAUAUAAGCUGACAAUUUAACUGUGGUAUAAAAUCCUGUUUUGUUUUUUUAAUCCUUGAGCAUAAAAAAGCCUAGCAUCUGAAAACUGAUUUGAAAAAUAUAUGCCCGCAGUCAGUGGAGAUGCUUCAACAGUUUUUAAUAAAAUCAUGUGAAAAGGAAUAGUAAAUUCCUCUCAAUGUAUAGUAAACUUGUAUUAUAGUUUUUACAAGAUUGUGAACUUGUGUAAUAGUAUAUUAGAAGAUAUUGUUGGAUUUCUAACUGUUUAUACAUUUAAAUUCAUACAUGUAAUGUUUGUUUUAUUGAUUACACUCUGAAUUUCUAAGAUGCAUGUUGACUUUUUUGCAAUAAAGAGAUAACAUGGAAUGGUUUGAAAUUACAAACAAAAAAGGCAUAAAACGAAUUGCAAUUUGGAAAAAACCAUUCCAAAAAAAUUAUAAUCACAAAAA